AUGCCUCCUCUACUCACCAAGCUCUUUCUGCGUGACCGCGGCUCGAAUACCACACAAGACCAUUUUCCGGCCCGGCAGUUGUUCGUUCUCGCAUUAUGUCGGAUAUGCGAACCAAUCGCCUUCAUGUCAAUAUUUCCAUAUGCAUACCGUAUGAUUGAGACAUUCAACAUCACCUCCAAUGCAGACCAGAUAUCAAUUUACGCCGGCAUGCUCAUCACCGCAUUUGCAUUUGCCGAAUUCUCCACCGGCGUCAUAUGGGGCCGGGUCAGCGACCGUGUGGGAAGAAAGCCCGUCCUUGUCAUGGGUUUGGUCGGCACCGCCCUCAGUAUGCUUUCUUUUGGCUUUGCGACAAGUCUACCGGCAGCCAUCUUGGCCAGGGCACUAGGUGGACUUCUCAACGGCAAUGUGGGCGUGCUGCAGACCACCGUGGCCGAACUGGUCACCAAAAAAGAACACCAACCUCGAGCAUAUUCAAUCAUGCCUUUUGUUUGGGGUUUAGGCUCAAUUAUCGGUCCGGCCAUGGGCGGUGCCUUGGCCCAACCCUGCGAGUCGUAUCCUAGGGUAUUCCCUCGAGGCGGGCUGUUCGACACAUACCCGUUUCUGCUGCCCAACCUGGUCUGUGUCAUUAUCUUGAUCUUCGGCAUCAUCAAUGGCGUCCUGUUUCUGGAAGAGACCCAUGCGGAAAAGCGGGGCGACAAAGAUUGGGGUCGUGAGUUCGGCCAGGUCUUGAUCAAUAAGAUCUUUCCCUCCCGCUCAACAAAAACCAGCAACAGUUAUGAUUACAUCAACGAUCAAGAUGCAAUUGCAGAAGAUGAUGAUCCUCCUCCAGGCUAUCGCAGCACCGAAGGAUCUCCCAGACUCGAGUCGACCACGACCGUCACGUUGCAACCAGACCUGGAGAUCCUGAGAGAAAAACAGACCCAUGGCGUAGUCAAGACAUUCAACCGUCAUGUCGUCUUGAUCAUUGUCGGCUACGCCAUUCUUGCAUACCACAGCGUUUCAUUCGACGCCUUGAUGCCGAUUUUACUAAGUGAAGACCGAAUGACCAGAGAGCAAUCAGAGCAGACGGUACUACCGUUCAAGUUCCUUGGAGGUUUCGGCAAGUCGACGCAAUCGAUCGGCUUUAUGAUGGCGGUGCAAGCAUCCUACUCGAUGUUCGCACAGCUGUGCCUAUUCCCAUAUCUUGCCCGGAAACUCGGCUCUCUCCGGGCAUUCCGGUCCGUGAUGACCAUCUGGCCAGCACUGUACUUCAUCGUACCAUACCUAGUACUGUUGCCCGAAAGGCUUCAGACAGGCGGGAUCUACUUGACGUUGAUGACCAAGAUCACAUUUCAAGUGAUUGCAUUUCCGUCCAACGCAAUCCUCCUGGCCAACGCCGCACCGUCCAAGUCCGUUCUGGGAACGAUCAACGGAGUGGCAGCGUCGACCGCCUGCCUGGCUAGGUCGUUGGGCCCCGUCGUAACUGGCUUGAUCCACUCAGCAGGACUGAAACUCGGAUACAACGGACUCGGCUGGUGGGCCGGCGGAAUCGUUUGUGCCAUUGGAGCUCUGGAAAGUUACUGGAUGGAAGACACCGAAGGUCGCCGGGAUCGACCUUCGGCGCCAGAAGAACCCAAUACCUGCGAGCCUCUGCUCCACAGCGCGGUUGAACCGCCAGAAGAAACCUCUGUACUACAGACCGACAGCCUCACCUUGAUGGAUGACCUGGACCUCACGACCCCGCGCAAGCAUGAAUUUGAUUUCGACCGCAAGGAAUGAGGAGAAGAAGGAAAGGAAAAUGACGGAUUUACUAUUGUUUUUUUGGUUUUCUUGCUUUCACUCGUUGCAUCAUUUCGGCGUUUUGACUCGACUUGGGUCUUGAAUCCACCCCAAAACAAGGGAGAUCAAGGUUUGGGAGCACGGGAUCCCGACAGGAAGAAUCAGCGAAAUCAACUCGAUUAAGGACUUGACUUGACACUGGAGAGCAUCACACUUAUUUUACAACAAAGAUCACACGGAAGCGGCGCAAGCUACAAGAUUUCCUGGGGAAAUAUAGAGCUAGGAAAGAGACGAGGGACAAAAUUUCGAAUGGGCGCACUAGAAGGACGAAAGGAAGGGGGCGAAAGGCCCCCCCCCAUGGGUUUUCGGACUUUGACUGUCAUUUUUUCGUUUUCAUUUUUUCUUUGGGUUAUUGUUUGGUCCAACGCGCACUCAACAGGCGAGAACGAAAAGACUCGUCUGGAGCGUUGGAUUCAGUCAGUUGUUAUUUUGUUUGGGAGGCUUAUUUGGUUCAAGAUACCUCGCGGGCUUUGUUCCCGGCCGAUUCUUGUUUUUUGAUUUUUUUUGGUUUGCAACUGACUGUCGCUAUCGCUGUUGGAAUAGGAUUGGAUUUGGUCUCGUUGAGACACCAUCCCGUGGAGUGGCUAUUUGUACGUUUGUGUAUACUACUAUGCUUGUCGUCCUUUUUUGGGGUCAGUCAGGGUGUGUGUGUGUACGUCUAGCUAAAGAUGUGUAUGAGGACUCUUAUGUGAUCAGAGUCAGGAAAGAUAUUAAAUCAUGAUGAUGG